UCCGCCCCCCGAAACCAUACAACAACCAUAAAAACAGCACACUAGCCUUUGUUGGACCAAUUAACUGACCCGUCCGCGCGCUGCCUGUGCGAGCGUGCUUUCUUGGCCUCUGGUCGUGUUUGAACAGUCAGCCGCAGCAGCGCCACACAAGUUGAAUCCGGACAGGCAAUACCAAGUGUGCAAUGGGGUCGUCUGGGGCUCUGGUCUGCUCCGCCGCAUUUGUCUUGGUUUUACUCAGCUCAGCAUCCAAGGAUGACCGCACCUUUGAGCAGCGUGAAGUCACCUUUGACCUUGACAAAAUCAUGCAAGAAAUGGAAAAUCCAGAUUCCUUCAUGUUGCAGAAAGAGUCGGACUUGACGGACCUUUUCAAUCCCAAAGGGGUUUCCAGACCAGGAGUCUUGACACCUAGAGGACGUCGACCAAGUUUCUUUAGUGGUCCUCCUAGCUGGGACUAUCCUGUUCAGUUCCCCCUUGCCCGACCAACCUCCGACAAUCUCCAAGCCAUCUGUCUCCAUGGAGACCAUCGUCCCCGCUACCCAAUAUCUUACUUUCCUCCCUCUGGUUUUAGCAAGCAGAAGCGAAAAGCCAAUGCUGUUAAUAUGGCAGAGUCCUGGUUUAGUAUGUGCUGCAAAGGGAACCAGACUUGGGAAAGGGAAGUGACUCUGUGUUGCGCCACACAGGCGUGGGAGCUGUCAGUCCAAUCCUUCUGUGAGGAGGACUCCUCAGUAAAGGAUCGUCUUUAUCACUGCUGCGAACAGAAGGGCACGGACAGGCUGAACUGCUUCAACAACAACGCUCCAAACCAAAACUAUGAGGCAACAGAGGAGCUGCCAGUGCCGCCGCUUUCCUCUAUCACCAACUUUAGCUUCGACUCCAACACUUGCCAGAGAAGAAUGGAGAAAAAAUCGGCACCUUUGAAAGUUGACAUCCACUUUCCUCCCGGACGACCCACUGCUGACACCAUUGAAUCCCUAUGUCGCGACCAGAAGUUACGCCCCCUCUAUAAAACCAAUUGCAUGCCAGGUGAAGGGUACAAAUGGGUGGCUCGUCAGGCAAAAGCCAUUAAUCGCAUAGAGAAGGGAUUCAAACAGUGCUGCAAAAAGAAGCAGGAUGUGCUCAACUGUGCUGAUUUGAAGUGGCGUGAUGAGCUUGACAAGUAUUGCGUGGGCGAGAAUGGUGACCAUGUGCAUUCCCACUGUUGUUCCGGUGAAGCGGCAAAUGAUCGAUUCAGCUGUUUCCAAGACAUUUCUCCCGACCCAUAUUAUAAUAGGACCUCUGUCGCUGAAGAGCUCUCACUUAACAAACUCUGUGACUCUCACAAGAUCAUCAAGAACAAGUUUCCUGUUGGUUUUCCUCUCAAGAGCUUUGUAAGCCAAUGCUGCCGUCCCCUGCUUGAAGUCGACAGGACUAUUUGUUUUCUGGAGAGUCUUGAUCAAAUGUCAGAGACAUGUUCAUCAAGGAAGGCCUCUCCUCCAGCUCUCCGUCGCUGCUGCCGCAUGUCUUCACCUCAACAGUGUAUCUCCAAAAUUCUCAUGGAUGCCAUCACCAAAGCAACCACCUUUCGCCAGAAGAAGAUGAAAAGGUGCCCUCUCUCCUAAACACUAAUGACCCUACUGGCACUGGGCCAUUCAGGGAACCUGCAGCAGAGGUGAACAGGAAAUGUCGACGUCUGUAAGAAAAUAUGGAAAUUCUAACUUCAUCUAUUGCCAGUCUUAUUUUCAUUUUUUAAAACUGAGAUCACAUGAGAUGCAUUUUUCUGUGUCACUGUACCACUAUUGUUAUAGGCUGCUGUUUACAUAUUUGAUUAUGAAUGCAUUAUAUUGAUGUAUUUGGAGCUGCAAGAUCAUUCUUUUUACAGGGUUUUGUGGUUAAGAUCAUAUCUACAACAGUUCUAAUAAAAACGUUUUUAGAUGUA